GGGAGGAGGAGGGGCAGGGGGUGGGGUCCUUGACCCCUGGCCUUUAGGCUAGGGCCUUAUUCCGAGGAGGAGCUGGAACUCCCGCCGGUGAACUUUGACGCACUUGGAGGGCCUCGGGAAAUGUGCAGCAGGGGGAGAAGGGGUCCUGUUUAGGAGGAACGCAGGUCACGGGGACCUAAGCGUGCUCACAGGAAGGAAAAACCUGCCUCAGCUUGGAGCCGCCUUGAAACUUAAGGCAUUGCUUCUGUCUUUUAUCUCUCAUUUGGGUGGGAAGGAUAGGUAAUGUAGUUAGUAUACAGGCCUCUUCCAGAGAGAGACCUAAGAGCUGAGUUUUCUUUUUGGAAAGGGUGGGUAAAAGUGGUGGAUAAGGAAGUCUCCAGGAGACUGAAUAUAGGUAUAGAACAUCUAUAUCAAUAUCUAUCUACACACACACAUAAAUAUAUAUAUACACACACACACACGAAAAGGAAAGGGCUCUAUUUCAAGGUUGAAAUAACCUUUUGUUAGAGAAGAGUUCAAACAAGGGCCCCCCACUUUUGGAGGGGUCCCCACUGGGAACCCUGGGUCUUGGGGUGGCCCUAGUUCAGAGCGGACUACGUUGGCUCCGGUGGCACAUCUGCCCACGGUUUCCCUCCUUGCAGGCGGUCGGCUGCUGGGCUCCCCACACCAUGUUCUCAGUCCUCUCCUAUGGCAGACUGGUAGCCCGGGCAGUCCUAGGUGGCCUUUCUCAAACAGACUCUCGAGAUUACAGCCUGGUGACUGCCAGCUGUGGCUUUGGCAAGGACUUCCGCAAGGGCAUCUUGAAGAAAGGCAUGUGCUACGGAGAUGACGCCUGCUUUGUGGCCCGGCACCGAUCUGCAGAUGUUCUAGGGGUUGCAGAUGGUGUUGGAGGCUGGCGGGACUAUGGUGUUGACCCUUCUCAGUUCUCAGGGACUCUCAUGCGCACUUGUGAACGCUUGGUCAAGGAAGGACGGUUUAUACCAAGCAAUCCUGUGGGGAUUCUCACCACGAGCUACUGUGAGCUGCUGCAGAACAAAGUACCUUUGCUUGGGAGCAGCACAGCUUGCAUUGUAGUUCUGGAUCGGACAAGUCAUCGUUUACAUACAGCAAACUUGGGGGACUCAGGCUUUUUGGUAGUCAGAGGUGGAGAAGUAGUACACCGAUCUGAUGAACAACAGCACUACUUCAACACUCCGUUCCAGCUGUCAAUAGCACCACCUGAAGCUGAAGGGGUCGUCUUCAGUGACAGCCCAGAUGCUGCGGACAGUACUACGUUUGAUGUCCAGCUAGGAGACAUCAUUCUGACAGCCACAGAUGGGCUUUUUGACAACAUGCCUGACUACAUGAUCCUACAGGAGCUUAAGAAGCUAAAGAAUUCAAAUUACGAAAGUAUACAACAGACAGCAAGAAGUAUUGCCGAGCAAGCUCAUGAACUGGCGUAUGACCCAAAUUACAUGUCUCCCUUUGCACAGUUUGCUUGUGAUAAUGGAUUGAAUGUAAGAGGUGGAAAACCAGAUGACAUCACCGUCCUCCUUUCAAUAGUAGCUGAAUAUACAGACUGACUGGCUGACAGCAUAAACUUUUGACAACUGACGAGUGUUUCCUGCCGUUCCCUACUUCACACGGACUGUUUCCUGCUGGCAGGAUGCCUUUCUCUGCAGCUGAUCUCAGUGGCUCUUACAUGUUACGUCCAUUGCCUGUUUUAAAACGCAGUCGAGGUCUCUGUCAUGAACCACUACUGGAGUACACUGGGGUGCAUCUGCCAGCAAUGAAGAAUUUCAAUACUUGAAGCUUGUCUUUUCAAACUUUAGUAGUAAUUACUUCAUAGUGGGGAGGGUGUGUGUGAUUAUGGUUAUGAAUCAUGAUUAUGGCUCUGAAAGAAAUAAGUAGAAUUGGCUAUUCAUAAUUCAGAUGUGCAGUUUGACACUGAUAGAAAACCUCCAUGAGGACAAACAAAAUUGUUUUGUUAGAAAAAAAAGCCCAUUUUUAAUUUGAGAGGUCACAAAUCAUUCUGUAACUAGCAUAGUUUGUUAAAACGAUAGUUGAGAUUUGUGUCGAUAUGAAUUCUCUGGAGGCUUCCAAGUGCAGUGAGCCUCAAGAUAUAUAUGGUUUAACGCAGGAGUUUUGUCUGUUACUAAUUUGAAACACAAGAUUAGUUCAUGAAAAGUAUUGUGUCUAUAAGAGAGAGGGUGUGUGUAUGUGUGAAGGUGCCUAUUAUCAUGCAAAUGGAAAUUUGGCAUAUCAUUUAUUUGCAAGGAGCCCUGUGCUGGCUGGAUCUUUCUUUUGGAGAAAAAGGUUUUCUAAAGAUAUUUCAGUUGCACUAAAGUUUGAAGAAGCCAGGGUGUUGAGAGUUUGGAAUGGCAUGCUGCCUGAGCACGAAUCAGCUGAUCUUGCUUUGUAUGCCAUAGGUAGUUAUGAAUGAUAGAGGCAUUAAAGUGGAUAGUCUUCUCUUUUGGGUUUGAGGAAUUUGAUGGUGUUUCAAUGUACGUACUUCUGCUUGUGCUCCCACAGCAAUUGAAGUUGCACACAUGCAAAACGCUGAAUGAGCAACAUUUACAUUUUAGUAGCUUGGUGUACAGGAUUUCCAGAACGACCUUUAAUGAUGUUUACAGGUAUCUAAUAGCCAUUUUGCAAUAUAGCAUUUCCUUUCAUUUACAUCCACUCAAUCUAGUUUAUUCUUCAGUCGCUGCAAUCUCCUCCCUCCUUUUUUAAGCUCAUGUAAAAACCAAUCGCUAUAAAGAUAUAUAUUGGUCAGUUUUUCAUAACUUUUUUGCUAGUAGAAAAGUACUUAGAAAUGAAAAGCCAUGUUUUAUAUAGCAGUUGGGUAAUGUGGAUGUUUAGAUUCUGAGCUUGGCCAGUAAAGCAACCUUUUUAAGAUGAAAGGGUUUUUUUACUGCCAGGUUUGUUGUGUUAAAACUGUAAGAUUGAGGUUACCUCAGCCUGUUUUAAAUAUUUUUUGUGGUUGUACUGUAUAUUUGCAUAAUUACGUCAAGCUUUUAUUUAUAAUUAUGUGACAUGUACCAUGUACAUGUCACUAUUUCAAUGCAUCCGACUUUUAACAGGCAUUUCAUUUACCAUGAGAAUGGGCAGAAUCAUUUGGAAGCUGUUUAAAUUACUUUUUGUGAAAUUGGCAUCUUGAUUUUUCUUAAAACAUUCUUCUUUUUUGUCAAAAUGCCUUAACCACUUAACAAAAUGAUUUUUUCCCCAGCAUGGAUACAGGGUGGAAUAAAAUGAAAUAAAGAAAAUCAUAGUGCUAUAAUUCAGAAAUGUGGCAAAUAACUUUGCACAAAUCAUUUCAAUCCCUUAUGCUACUUUAGCUGAACAAGUUAUAACUAUCAAUAUUCAACUAGAAGGAAUGUAUUAAUGCUGCAGUUCCAGACUUCUUUCCUGCUUUGCUAGAGGAGCAGUUAUCCUUUCAUUUGGACUUCCUUUGCAUUUUUAAUCACCAGUAUUUGCUAUUGUUUAUUAGAACAAGCCCUGAUUAGUGAUUGACUGGCCUCACCCACUUGCCCUUCCUUUUGGCCUUGGCCCUGACUUGGUGCCUCCAUAGAGCAGGACAGUUUCCCUGCUUCAUAUUUUCUCUUCCUGCCUUUCUGCAACUACAAAGGAUGACCCAUCAAUUAAAACAAAUGUGGAAAAGAAGGUGCUUCUUAUGCCCAGAUGGUCAUGGCCUGGAGCCUUUUGCCACUGUUCUUGGAUCUUGUUCUGAGUAGCAGAACUGUAACAUCUGUUGGGAUUGCUGGCCUUGCUUUGCUUAGAACAGUUUUUAGUCAAGCAGUAUGUAUAAAGCCAUUUGUCUCUUCCAAUGUUUUUUAUGAUGAUCAAAUUGAGUUUUUAAACUUUCAGAUACUAAGUUCCCCCUUCCCCUCUCCAGACGCCAAAGACCAGUACAGUUUAUAGCUUUUUGCCAUCUGUUUUUAGAGCAAUACUGUAUUAUAAAGAAUUAAUAUUUCUAUUACAUGCUUGUCUUUUUUCCAUUUUAAGAUGUGCACUCAAACAUAUCUGAACCUAAUUUCUUCCUAUGAACUUAAGCUGUUUGCGCACAAAUAUCUUUUACAAAAGAAAAAGGCAGGACUCAUGUACUUGUGAAAAUAACAUUUACCAAUCCUCAAAGCAGUAGUGUUUCCUAACAACUUGUUUAAUGUUUUGGUUUGGCACAGAGAAGACAUUCCAUUUUGUGUUUUCUUAAAUCUGAAAUGCAUGGGUGGAGCCUGCAGAGAUCUUACCUGCAGAAUUGCUUUAUAAAGAAUCUGAAAGAAAUUACUUGGCAUAGCAUCAACCUGCUUCACCCAGUAAUGCAGUUGCAGCUGCAGGGCUUGCUUUACGGGAAUGCCUGUAAUUGUGUUACUGAGUUUGUUGAUAUGAAGGGCUAGGCUAAUGUGAAAUACCCAUAUUAAUGAAGGAAACGUGAGUCCAUGGCUUUCCCUCAAUUUGCUAUUUCCACAACAAGUGGGGAAAACCUUGAAAAUUGGGACCAGAUUGGAUAUAGACAAAACUGUCCAUAGUAAAAGCAAGCAAAGAUGAAGACACUGUGAAUGGAAUUACUCUUUGUAAUGGAUUGCUUUUCCAUGGGAAGCCAGGCUAAAUGUAGACACUGACUUUUUCUUUUAUUUGACAAAGCUGAUAUAAUGAGGAUGCCUUCUUGUUAAAUGAGACUAUCAUUACCUGUGCUUACCUAAAAGGCAAUUAUGUGAAUUGGAUGUUUGAAGUAUAUAAUUUGUGCAAGAAUAGUAUCUGUAAAUACAUUUUAAUGAACUGUAAAGAUAUUUAAUAAAUAAAGUAUUUAUACAAUA